UGUAGGUUAAUGCCAAAAAUUAUCAGUCAGGUGACUGGAAAAUAAAUAAAUAAAAAUGAAUAUGUCGCCCCGAAAUAAUGAUGAUCCUUCCGAGAAACCACAAAAAAAUGUCGGAGAAGACGAUAUCCAAGAAAUGGAGGCUGUCAACAACAGCCUAGAUGAAUUGAGUUCCGCAUUGGACUUCUUUGAACAGCGUACGGAUGACAUUAUUGAACAGCUAAAGGAAUUGUUGCAUUCCAAUCGAGAAAUAAGACAAGAACUUGCCAUGGAAAAUGCAGCCACGGGCGUCGAUAACUUAAACUUGGAAAAGAAAGAUACCUGAUUUAUUUGCCAUAUCAAAUCAUCAUAUGGUUGGAAAGGGGCAAACAAAGAAAUAUGACAAGGGCGGCAAAAGAAGUAUUAAACACCGGAUGUUUAGUGAUUAUAUCGUUUAUUUAUCUAAUCAGUAAAAUAAAGUAACUUAGUUGGAUCUGUCAUUGUUUUGUACACGGGCAUACAAACUAACUUAACAAAGUAA